UUUCCAAGUUCACGUGAACCUGUGCAUAUUCUCUUCUUGAUCUCACCAACUUUUUGAAUUCCAAGAUAUAUUUUUUUUCUUUUUUUGUUGCUUUUAUAUGCAUAACACAAAAGAAUCCAUCAACCACUAGUAGUUUAUUUACAGCAAAAGAGUAUGCCAACAAUGCACCGCCUUAUAUGCCGAAUUAAAGCAAAAAUACAAAGACAGUCCUUUUUUGUAGUUACUGUACAAAAAUUGUAAUCAACCCAUAUGAUCUCAUUCUAAAAUUGCGCAUGUAUGCCUAUGCACAUGUAUAUGUAUAAUACACAACCCAUUAAGCAUUAGCUACAAUUUGAUCAAAUGGCAUCUUUUCAGUGGCUUGGUUUUAGCUAUCAAUACCAGUGCUCUUUUAGAUUCUCUGAAUUUAGAUCAAAGAAAAUCAGUGUAGGAAGCUAUAAUAUAAGGUGUGAAGGAAGAGAUUAUUUGGGUUUAGAUGAUCAAGAGAGGGAUGGCAAAAAGAGGCUGAGAAUUCUGAUAGCUGGCGGGGGUGUUGGGGGCUUAGUCUUGGCUUUGGCAGCAAAAAAUAGAGGGUAUGAUGUGAAGGUGUUUGAGAGAGAUUUGAGUGCAGUGAGAGGUGAGGGUAGGCAUCGCGGCCCAAUUCAACUCUUGAGUAGUGCUUUGGCAGUGUUGGAAGCCAUCGAUAAGGAUGUUGCAAGGCAAAUUGUUGAAGCCGGUUGUAUUACCGGUAAUAGGAUCAAUGGCCUUGCAGAUGGCCUUUCAGGUGAAUGGUUUACAAAAUUUGAUCUAUUGACGCCUGCUGUAUCAAGGGGGCUUCCCAUUACCCAAGUAAUAUGUAGAAUAGCACUGCAAGACAUCUUAGUGAAUGCAGUUGGGCAGGACAUAGUUAGUAACAACUCUAAAGUUGUUGACUUUGUGGAAGACUCUAACAAGGUCAAAGUAAUUCUUGAGGAUGGAAGGCAGUAUGAAGGUGAUGUGUUGGUUGGAGCAGAUGGAAUACGGUCAAAGGUACGUUCAAAACUAUUUGGGGCAAAACCAGCAAACUAUUCAAAUUAUACAUGCUAUAGUGGACUAACAAACUUUGUGCCACCAUAUAUUGAUACUGUUGGGUAUCGUGUAUUCUUGGGAUUGAACCAGUACUUUGUUGCUUCAGAUGUAGGGAGAGGGAAGAUGCAGUGGUAUGCCUUCCACAAGGAAGCUCCCAUGAAUGAUGAUCCUCCCGGAGGUAAAAAGGUGAGGCUUCUGGAACUGUUUGGCAGCUGGUGUAGCGACGUGGUUACACUAAUCUCAGAAACACCAGAGGAUAUGAUUUUGCAAAGAUAUAUUUAUGAUAGAGAUAUGAUCUACUCGUGGGGAAUUGGACGUGUAACUUUGUUAGGUGAUGCUGCUCAUCCUAUGCAGCCAAAUCUUGGUCAAGGGGGUUGCAUGGCUAUUGAGGACUGUUACCAACUUAUGCUUGAGCUUGAUAAGGUUGCUGAAAGUGGCUCUGAUGUUUGCCUGUCGAAUGAAAUUGUAUCAGCACUCAAAAGAUAUGAGAAGAAAAGAAUGGUACGUGUCAAUGUAGUCCACACAAUGAGCCGAAUGGCGUCGAAAAUGCUUGCUAGUUACCGACCUUUCAUGGAUUUUGGAUCUGGACCACUGUCUCAUUUGUCAACUUGGCAGUUAAGGCAUCCUGCAAUUCCUGUUGCACGAAUAUUUCUGCAAAUAUUUUUGCCACAAUACAUGAUUUGGAUGAUAGCAGGCCAUGGAUUGUGGUGACAGAGAAGAUCAAAAGCACUUAAGUAAUUCAUGGCUUUUGGGUGAAGGUUCCACAUGAUUGUCUUUGGUUAUUUCAUUGAACUCAAAGCCAAUACAAGAGGUUUUAUGCUUAAUUGCUGUUUGGGCGUUUCCAUUAUUUGAAAAGCAUCAUUAUCACCUCUAUUGGUUGACUCUUAUUUGUGAAGGAAAGCCAGAAGAGUUGCUUAGAAAAAAAAUAAUCUCUAUAUGAAAAAAAAAAAAAAAAAAAAAAGUAUUGUAUAUGGGUGAGGUAUUGCAUAGUAUUGUUGUAGUUAUUGUUAUUGUUAUUGUCAUGUGCUAAUUUUCACUAAUCACUAAUUGGAAUUCUCCCAUGUUAUCUCCCAAAAUUUAACAUAAAUGUGAUGAGCUUCACUGUCAAACUAUUCACAACCAAAGAAGCCGCUCCACUUUACAA